AGGGGCCCCAGCGCCCUCCUCGCGGCCGCGCCGUUCCGGCUCCCGAGCCCCGCCUGCGCGCGGCCUCCUCGGCGCAGCCAUCCUCUUGGCUGCCGCGGGCGGCAAAGCCCACGGCAUCUGCCAUUUGUCAUUCAGCCCGUCGGUACCGCCCCGAGCCUUGAUUUAGACACGGCUGGGGCGUGCUCUGGCCUCACUCUCCGGGCGGGUGCUGGACGGACGGACGGGGCAGCCGUGCUCACAGCUCAGCAGCGCGGGGCCUUGGCGCGCGGGGCGCUUCCCCGGGUCGCCGUCAUGGCCGCGGAGGUGGCACGCCCGAGCGGCCUCGCCUGAGCUCCGGGGGUCGUCGCCCCGCAGGAUUGUUCCUGCCUGAUUCAUAAGCAUCGUGAUUGGCUUUUGAUUGCUGUCACGUCUAAUGUGGCUGCUGCCUCGUGUCACAUCUGAAACUCAUCUGUACCUCACUUAGAAAGUCGACAGAAACCUAAUGGGACCAUUGAAGAAUUCCAAACAGGUAUUUGCAUAGGAAUCAGAGGAGUUAAUCUUGUUUGAAUCUUCAGACAAACUUCUGGGAGGACUCGGUCCCUGCCUCGCAGCAGAUGUUCCCUGUCACUCAGUAGCCAAUCCGGGGGACCCAGGACAUGCCCCAGCUAUAGUGAUGCAGAUUACCUUUCUGCUCCUGAAUCGCACCUGUGCCUCAGACUUUCUCCCCUCAGCUUGAGACUGCAUGUAAACUGGGAUGUGUGAAAGCAGGAAGCAAAGCUAGUGACAGCUGAGAGGUCCAUGUCUGGGUAGAACCAGGCCCACGAUGCUGCCUCUCCCGUGGUCUGGAGUUCAGCUGCAGGGACUCUGCUGAUGUGCCCAGCACCAUCGUUCUGUUUGUGCUUAAAUGGCACAGCAUUUGGUCAGCACAUCUGAAAAGGAAGGUGUGAGAAGCAAAGCCCAUGGCCACGUUCCCCUGCCAGUUAUGUGGCAAGACGUUCCUCACCCUGGAGAAGUUCACGAUUCACAAUUAUUCCCACUCCAGGGAGCGGCCGUACAAGUGUGUGCAGCCUGACUGUGGCAAAGCCUUUGUUUCCAGAUAUAAAUUGAUGAGGCAUAUGGCUACCCAUUCUCCCCAGAAAUCUCACCAGUGUGCUCACUGUGAGAAGACGUUCAACCGGAAAGACCACCUGAAAAACCACCUCCAGACCCACGACCCCAACAAAAUGGCCUUUGGGUGUGAGGAGUGUGGGAAGAAGUACAACACCAUGCUGGGCUAUAAGAGGCACCUGGCCCUCCAUGCGGCCAGCAGUGGGGACCUCACCUGUGGGGUCUGUGCCCUGGAGCUAGGGAGCACCGAGGUGCUACUGGAUCACCUCAAAGCCCAUGCGGAAGAGAAGCCCCCUAGCGGAACCAAGGAAAAGAAGCACCAGUGCGACCACUGUGAAAGAUGCUUCUACACCCGGAAGGAUGUGCGACGCCACCUGGUGGUCCACACAGGAUGCAAGGACUUCCUGUGCCAGUUCUGUGCCCAGAGAUUUGGGCGCAAGGAUCACCUCACCCGGCAUACCAAGAAGACCCACUCACAGGAGCUGAUGAAAGAGAGCUUGCAGACCGGAGACCUUCUGAGCACCUUCCACACCAUCUCGCCUUCAUUCCAACUGAAGGCUGCUGCCUUGCCUCCUUUCCCUUUAGGAGCUUCUGCCCAGAACGGGCUUGCAAGUAGCUUGCCAGCUGAGGUCCAUAGCCUCACCCUCAGUCCCCCAGAACAAGUCGCCCAGCCUAUGCAGCCGCUGCCAGAGUCCCUGGCCUCCCUCCACCCCUCGGUAUCCCCUGGCUCUCCUCCGCCACCCCUUCCCAAUCACAAGUACAACACCACUUCUACCUCAUACUCCCCACUUGCAAGCCUGCCCCUCAAAGCAGAUACUAAAGGUUUUUGCAAUAUCAGUUUGUUUGAGGACUUGCCUCUGCAAGAGCCUGAGUCACCUCAAAAGCUCAACCCAGGUUUUGAUCUGGCUAAGGGAAAUGCUGGUAAAGUAAACCUGCCCAAGGAGCUGCCUGCAGAUGCUGUGAACCUAACAAUACCUGCCUCUCUGGACCUGUCCCCCCUGUUGGGCUUCUGGCAGCUGCCCCCUCCUGCUACCCAAAAUACCUUUGGGAAUAGCACUCUUGCCCUGGGGCCUGGGGAAUCUCUGCCCCACAGGUUAAGCUGUCUGGGGCAGCAGCAGCAAGAACCCCCACUUGCCAUGGGCACUGUGAGCCUGGGCCAGCUCCCCCUGCCCCCCAUCCCUCAUGUGUUCUCAGCUGGCACUGGCUCUGCCAUCCUGCCUCAUUUCCAUCAUGCAUUCAGAUAAUUGAUUUUUAAAGUGUAUUUUUCGUAUUCUGGAAGAUGUUUUAAGAAGCAUUUUAAAUGUCAGUUACAAUAUGAGAAAGAUUUGGAAAACGAGACUGGGACUAUGGCUUAUUCAGUGAUGACCGGCUUGAGAUAAGAGAAUUCUCGAACUGCAUGUAUUGUGCCAAUCUGUCCUGAGUGUUCAUGCUUUGUACCAAAUUUAAUGAACGCGUGUUCUGUAAUCAAACUGCAAAUAUUGUCAUAACCAACAUCCAAAAUGACGGCUGCUAUAUAUAAGUGUUUGUCAUAUGGAAUUUAAUCGUAAGCCAUGAUCAUAAUGUUAACUAAAUAACUUUAUGUGGCACUGCCUAGUAAGGGAACUAUGGAAAGGUUUGGAUUUCUCCAAAUCUGGGAGAAUUUUCAAAAUAAGAAAAUAACCUUUAUAUGAUGUACUAUGACUAGGCUGUGUAUUUCUUUUCAGGGAUUUUUCUACCUUCAGGGUUGGAUGUAGUUUAGUUACUAUUACCAUAGCCAACCUGUAGUUUUACAUAUACAUUUUCUUGUGGAGCAAUAGAGUUCUCCAUUUUACAGAAGCAUUUUAAAUGUAGUUUGAAUAUUUUCCACAAGAUGCUGCAAUGUGAGUUAUCACUUCAUUUAUCUUAAAGAAAGACUAAACUGGUUGUCAGUUACAUCUGACAGAAAAAAAAAAAAAAAUCACUGUGUAACCAGGUUAAGUGGUAAAAUAAUCCAGGCGUCAGUCAAAGGCAUUUUGCUGACUUUAAUAUUGAUUAUAUUUUUAACAGGAAUUUAAGAAAAUAUUACUGGAAUUAAAAAUAUAUAUUAAACAAGAAUUUUCUUUGCUCUGUCUAGCUUAAACUACUACUCAAGCUGCUUAAGUUCUUAAGUAUUGUUUGUAAUCACCAAUAAAUAAGUGCAUUUGUAAUUCAUCAGUCAUUAUUAGCUUUUAUUAAAAGAAGAUUACGUUUUACAAUGUAACUAUAAUCUCUUGAAUUUGGUAUCUUAUUAAUGAGUUUUAAAGAUGUAAAACCUAACCUUUUUUAAAGCUCCAUUGUCUUAUGUUUUUAGAGGCUUUUCCGUAAACAUAUAUCUUACAUAUAAUAAACUUUUCAAAUCUUGCAA